AUGCCCGAUCACGAUAUAGAGAUGAUAACGAGCGAGCAGCUGCAUGCGGCACUGCGCAAGUCGCAGAAGCAUUUCAUCAUACUGGACUGCCGCAGCUCGCACGAGUACACGGAAAGCCACAUCCGGACGGCGGUUAACUUCUCCAUACCGUCAAUCAUGCUGCGCCGGUUUGCGGCCGGCAAGAUCGACAUCACGUCCACGAUCAAGUGCCGCGAUCUGAAGGAGCGCAUCCUGUCCUGCUACAAGGAGAGCACCUUCGUGCUGUACAACAACAGCAACGAACCGGUCGGGGAUGGUGGUGGGCGUGAAGAUCUCGCCCUACUAACCGGUGGCGGAAGUUCCGGCCUAAUAUCGACAACAACGGCAACGGCCGCCGGAGGUAACGAUACCACGAUUAAUGUGCUGCACCGCAAGCUCAAGCAAGAUGGCUGCCGGGUGGUCUGUCUCGAAGGUGGCUAUGCAAACUUUCGUCAGUCAUUUCCGGAGUGGUGCGAGGAUGAAGUCAUCAACGCUAACCUGCAGACGGGCUGUGCGGCAACGGAGCAACUGAUGGGAUUAAGAUCACUCCGCAUUUCGAUCCCAUUUUCGGACUCGGCGUGUAGCAGCAGCACCGAGUCGUCCGAUUGCGAAAGCAGCACCAACUACCUGUCGGAGUCGGUCGUUAGUGUCGAACCGGUGGAAAUACUGCCCGGGCUCUUCCUUGGCAAUGCAUCCCACAGCGAGGAUCUGAAGUCGCUGAAAAAGUACAACAUUAAAUACAUUCUGAACGUGACACCGGAUUUGCCGAAUGUGUUCGAAAGGGACGGCCAGAUACGCUAUCUGCAGAUACCGAUCACCGAUCAUUGGUCGCAGGCCGGUGACCUAGCAAACCAUUUCCCGGAUGCGAUCAAGUUCAUCGAUGAAGCCCGUUCAAAUGGGUGCGGCGUGUUGGUACACUGUCUGGCCGGUGUGUCCCGUUCGGUGACGGUGACACUCGCCUACCUUAUGUUCGCCCGGACCCUCUCGCUGAACGAUGCGUUUCUGCUGGUACGUUCGCGCAAACCGGACGUUUCGCCCAACUUCCACUUCAUGCAGCAGCUGCACAGCUUCGAGCAGCAGUUGAACAUUGACCCGACACAGUCGGCUUCCGCCAAACAGGCCCUCUACUCUGCGUCCUCUUCCUCCGCCGCCUCGUCCUGUUCAUCGUCUUCCGUUGGCGCUGGAGUGGGAGGUGGUGGAACGUCCUCAAACGACGGUGGUGGUGGUGGUGGACAUUCCGUUUCUACCACCCCGUUCAGUGCCAGCUCGGUUGGUUCGUCCGGUUCGGGUUCGGCCGGUAUUGAACCAUCGUCGCGUCACCAAGCGCAACAUCACCAUCCGCUACAGCCGAAACAUGCGCUGCAUCAGGUACAUUCGCGCCAUGCCGUCAAGUACAACUGUGCGUGCGUGGAGGUGGAGUGCAAGUGCACGCAGGCGGCGAUCGAUCUGCUCGGCCCGUUCACGACCGGCAUCUCGCCCGACUCCGGCAUCGAGUUCGACCGGUGGACGCCGAGCAGCAACACGCCGAAAUGA